AUGGAUGUUACAGAGACGAUACGGAAUGUUCAGUGUCAGCUGUAUCCACAGUUGACGCUGAAACAUGAACAAAUUUCCUCCAUAGAAAACAUUCUCCAGGGAAAUAAUAUUAUAGUCAAUUUGCCUGUUGGGUUUGGAAAGAGUAUAAUAUUCCAUAUGUUGCCCAAAAUAUUUGAAGACCUUGGAAGAGUGCAGAAUAAGGUAUUGGUGGUGUCUCCUCUAAAUGCCAUUAUGGAAGAUCAAUGUAAAAAAUUGAACAAGAUUAAUGUUAAGGUUGUUCAGCUUAGCCAGAAGUGCCAGAUCAUUGAGAACAACAAAGACAGCUGUGAAAAUGUCAUACAGGAAUCACUUAAUGCCAGUAUCAUUCUGACACACCCUGAGGGACUGUUAGUUGCAGAAAGUGGUGUUAAAUUGUUACGAGCAUUGGAGGGAAAAGUUGGCGCAAUUGUCAUUGAUGAAUGUCACAAAAUUGAUGACUGGGGAAGAGAAUUCAGAAAAAGUUUUUCAGAAUUAGUAGUUCUGAAAUCUUUCUUCAACAAUGUCCCUAUAGCAUGUUUAAGUGGAACACUAACAGGAAAACAUAUAAAUGCUUUAUCCAAGCAGUUGCUUAUAAGCAAUUUUAAAGUCAUUUCUGUAAGUCCUGAAAAAACUAAUUUAAAACUCAUUGUAUGUGAAAAGAUUAAAGGCAGCUCUUAUAAAAAAAUAGAAAACAUUUAUAAGAGUCAAAUUGACCAGUUACUUGUUGAAGGAAAUAAUUUUCCUGUAACUUUAAUGUUUAUGCCAAUGGAAUACAUUGCUCAUGCUAUGAGCUAUGCUUAUUAUACUUUUGGUGGAGUAAGCAAAAUUACAGUAAAUAAUGCAGUUUUUGGUUGCCUAUACUCGAAUCAAGAUCCUGAAGUUUUGAAUUGUAUUAUCACUGAUCUCCAGAGUGUGCAACCUCGUUUUAGGCUUGUUUUUACUACAACUGUAGUUGGUAUGGGUUUUGACCCUCCCUCAGUGACCCAGGUUAUACACUGCAAACCACCAAGAAGUGUAACAAAUUACCUUCAAGAAAUUGGAAGAGCUGGAAGGAGAGGUCAAAUGUCCACUGCCACUUUAUACUAUACAAAUAUGGACUUAGCAAAAAACCUACCAGGUAUUCAAGAUGACAUUAUAUCUUAUUGUAGGCAUAAAGCUUGCUACCGAGAAUGUCUCUUGGAAAUAUUUGGAUACAAAAAAUCAAGUAAUAGUCCUGAAGGUUGUUUGUGUUGUAGUUUUUGUUCAUUACAAUGUAGGUGUGAAAACUGUAACUUGGUAAGAGUAGUUGAUGAAUUGAACUUGUAA